AUGGAGGUCUGCAAAUGUCAGGUGAAUAUAUAUUACAUUGUGAAUCAUAGUUAAAAAAACGAAACACUUUUAUUAAACAUUUGGUUCCAAAACAAUCUUUAAUUUUAUCAUGACUGUUACUUUGUGCCUAUCUGUGAAAGUACUAAGGCUUUUUAUUUUAAUAUGUUUAAUAAGUAGACUCUGGCCAAUGAUCCCCCCAUUCCCCUUAUCCACUAGCAGUUAAGGGCACAAAGGUUAGCAGCAAAGCCGUCUGUCUUCAAACCCCCAUUCCCUGUGCUGAACGUUAGUGUAAUGAGGGGAGCCUCAGUGAUUCUCCCCUUUAUGAUCCCCAACAUGCCUGUUAAAAACAGGUUGGGGUGCCAAGCAGACAGAAGUGUAUUUUGGCAGCUUCCCACAAUACUGUUAUGUUAAAAAAGAAAAAAAAUAUGUGUUUGUUUUGAUAGGUACAUAAAAGUAUUUAAGUGUAGUCUUUAAUACAAUUAUCAUGGGUGGCCAAAAAUGUAGAUCCCUGGGUGCUAGAGACAUGUCAUUGGCAUGAAGAUUAUUCUGGCUAAGCAUAAUAGGAGUUGCACGCCUGCAGCAGCUGAGGAUGUAAUGUUCCCCUCCAGCAUAUAGGAUGGGGAUCACUAUUCAUAAUCAGAAUUAUAACAUGAACAUAGACAUAAAGCAGGAAAGGUAUAAUAUUCUGUUUUAAUAAAUACAUUCUUAGCAGCUUUCUAUUUUAUAUUCCUCUGUAUAUAGCGAUAUCAUUAUAAAUACAAUGUAACACUAACACUAUAGUUUCCCUUUAAAUGAAUACAUUCUGACAUUUUGUUUUUGUUUCACGGGUAGCCGGCUCAAGAUGAAACAAUCAAAGUUGAAGAAACCUGUGAGGAUAAUAUGGAGGAUGUAGAACCUGACACUCCAGCUCAGAGUGAGAAGGAAGCAUCCAAUGCGAACAUAGUAGAACACCUGAGUGACUCAAACAACAGCGACAAAGUUGAGAAUGAGGGAAACAAACAGAGACAGAGGGGAUCCCGUCUGAGACAGACGUUACGAGCUCUGCGCUGCCGCUUCUCCAACACUGACAGCAGCACAGAGAGAGAAGCAGCAACUUCCAUCCACUCCUCGCGGCCAUCGGAGCGCAGGGCAGGAUUGCUGCAGAGCUGUGUCAGCGGCCUGUCUAAAAUAAGAAGGAAGUGGAAACAAAGAACCGCAACUGUCCAUCCAUUACCAUAA